CGGGCGCAGGCGCGGCCCCGCCCCAAGGGAAGCGGAAGCGCUGCUCGGACUGCAGUGAGUUUUGGAGAGAACAGCCAUGGGCGUUAGAGGUUUGCAGGGAUUUGUGUCAAGAGUUUGCCCUGAUGCGUGCAAAACAGUAGAUCUGAGAGAAAUGGCAGAAAAACAUCGUGUCAAUCAUCCUGAUUUCCCACCUGUUAUUGUAGUAGAUGCCAUGAGUUGUGUUAGAUACUGGUACACACCAGAAUUUUGGGUGUGUGGUGGCCAGUGGCGGGAGUACCUUGCCAUUUUAGAGGAUUUUGUUAACAUUUUUAUGGCAGCUGGUAUCAAGUUGGUGUUUUACUUUGACGGAGUGGUAGAAGAGAAAAAGAGAGAGGAGUGGAUCAAACGGAGGUGGAAUAAUACCAAGGAAAUAGCCAGACUAUUUCAGUUUAUUAAGACUCACAGGAAACAACCAGGCAGAGAAAUGUUUGUUCUUCCCUCAGCUUUGCCUACUUUUACACGUUAUGCCUUGAAGUCACUUGGCCAAAAAACAGUAUGCACAUUACAAGAGGCAGACUUUGAGGUGGCUGCAUAUGGUUUGCAACACAACUGCAUAGGAAUUCUGGGGCAAGAUAGUGACUACCUCAUCUAUAAUACAUGUCCCUACUUUUCCAUUGAGAACCUCCGUUUGGACAGACUGGUCACUGUUAUGUACUCUCGAGAGGAACUUUGCAACGUGUUGGGUAUUAGUUUGACACACCUCCCUCUCUUUGCUUCCUUGCUUGGCAAUGAUAUUGUUCCAGAAAGCUUGUUGGAAGGCUUUUGGCACAAAUGUUUAGUCACCAGUCCCCACAAGAACAACAGCUACAACAGAAGAACAAAAAUACUUCUAGGUGUAGCAAAUUACAUCUCAAAAAUUCCAUGCUCAUACAGCAGCCUGAAACACUUGGAAGACAUGCUACCUCUGGGAUCUGACAAAACGUUACUUUACAGAGGAGUAAAGUCCUAUCUUUUGCCUGGGCAGCAGUCUCCAUGGAUUCCUCCCAAUGUAACAAAUUGUCAAAUGUUAUCUCUUCAGCAGCAAUCAGCCAUCUGUCAAGAUAAAGAAAUCUUUCAGUUAGCUAAAGAACAGCAUAUCCAAUCUGAAAAUUAUUCAGUCUUCAAUAUCCUGAGUAAUGGAGAGAUUGAGUGCAGCAACUCUUUGGAAGAUGAUUGUGAUACAGAGAUUCCUGGACAGUCACUUAUCUACCGCCCUGCUCGUCAGCAUAUUUAUUCUGUCUUGUUGGAAUCUGGGAAAGAUGGAGCCUAUCCUUUGGUAAAAGAGUGGUUUGUCUAUUUUGGAAAUCCUCUCAAGCAGCCGGAGCUAAUACAACCUGUACAACCUUCUUUUCCAGGUGGAACACCUAAUUUGAAAACACUGUGGCUUGCCAAAGGACCUGAUGUGGAAAAGCAACGGUAUAGUACGUUUAUGGCAUGCUUUCACCUUCAGGAUGAGGUGGAAGAACUCCAAGCUCUAGAAGCACCUGUUGCAGGAUUCUGUUGCUUGCUGACCUAUCUUAUGAUGCAGGUCAGUAGCCUCUCUCUGGAGGACUUAAAUGCAUUUCUGGCACUCGUUCUCUGCCUCAAAGGGAAGUCAGCUGCUCAACUGGCAGGUCUGCAGCUUGCAGAAGUAGACUCCAGAGCUGUACAUCUUGGCGCUGUCUUGGUUCGUGGCCUUACAACGUUGCUCAUGGCCAAUAGCGCCUGUGGCUUUCCAUUCAGAAUGGAUGAUUUGAUGCCUUGGGCAGUGUUUGAUGGAAAACUUUUUCAAGAAAAAUACCAGCAGUCGCACCGAGGUUGCUCUGUGCAAGAGCUUUUGGAAGGCAAUGAGUCUUUGUAUACACCCUUCCAGAAUCUGAAGUCUUUCAUUUGCAAGGUUUGCAUGGCAAAGAAAAGAGUGAUACAGAGCAGACCAAGAGGGAAUGGAUUUAACACAGGAAGAGAACAAAGAGAUUUUAAUCCCAGAUUCCAACAACCACGCAGAAGUCAUUUUGUUUCUCCAUAUCAUAACCAGAUGAGGGGGUUCGUACAGAGAAAUCCUCAAUCACAAGGUGGGGGAUCAGGACACCCAGACCGGAGGAGAUUUCACCUUCCUCCUCGGUAAAGAAUACAUGUCUACAGGUGGCAAACUGAGAUGAUGGGAUAGUUACGUUUGAGAUAAUUUUUGUUUAUGAGAACCUCUUUUUAUAAACUUUGUACAAAUAACUGAACCACGUAAUUGUGGAGGAAAUCCCUCAAAGCUGAGGCUGUUCACCUUGUUAAUCACUUUUCAUGUUAGCUCUCUUUUUAUGAGACCAGAAUCACUAAAACUUGUUACGGGUACCUGAGACACAUUAACAUCACAGUACAGCUACAUGGUUUUGUCCAUUUGACAAUGGAAAGUCUGAAGUGUUUUUUACAACACUGUUAGAUAUUUCUGACUGUAAAUUUAGGAUCUAAACUAUGAUUUUUGCAUAUUUUUGUUAUUUUUGUUUAUCUUACAAGACUUUCCCCACUGUGAAUAAUGUGUCAUGUUCGUGCUGUAUGUGGUUUGUGUCUUAAUUGUGGAUUAUAUCUGUAUCUUAAGGGUUAUACCAUUGUUACUGAAACCUGUAGAAAAGUUUGAAACAUGCCAUCACGGAUGUAAGCAUCAUCUGCCAGUGAAACAAUAUCACCUUUUUGUAAAAA